CAUAAAACCACCCAUCAAUGACUCCACAAUAUUAAAAGACCGUUAGUAAAUACGAUUUUAACCUUUAACUGUGGACGUGCGGUCUCACAGACCGCUCGCAGUUUUUAAUUUUCGUUUUUAUGCACUUCCUCGCCCCCCCCCGCUACUGACGCGCUCAGUAGCUUCGGUUUUAGUCACGAAUCGACAGUUGAAGCGGGAGGUUAUGUCGUUGGCUGCAAAUUGAAUUAUUUUAGUUUAAAAUGUCGAAUAAUAACCAAAAAAGUAGUGAUAGUUCAAAACGUUCACAAAAGUCACCGCUGCGACAGCGUCCAAGCAAAAUAUUACGAGUCGACGACCCUAACUUUGAACAUGAAGUGCUAUUGGAGUCGGACCAAUCCGAGACAGAAGAAAAUAUUGAGGACUGUUUAGUGUAUGAAGAUACUUUGAUACAAAAUCAUGACAGUGACGAAGGAGAAGAUGAAAGAAAUCCCAGUUCUGAAGGCAAUCCCAGUCCUGCAGAAACCCCCGGUUCUGAACCUGACGAUGACAGCUCAGAUGAUGAUGUGCCCAUCGCAGAACUCCGACAACGACCGCCGCAAUACUACUACGGCAAAAAUCGCUUUAAAUGGAGUACUAAUCCUCCUUCCAGUAGGGUUAGAACGGCACAACAUAACAUAGUUAUGCGCAGACGGAUUUCAUGCUUGACUGAAGCUGAUACGCACUGACACGAGUUUUAAAAGCUGAUACGCCUUUAGAAGGACCUUCUAACCAGGAAAUCAACGAUAAUAAGCGGAAGACGUGCCGCCUCUGUCCACCUAAAAAAAAACGUAAAACUAACUACGCUUGUGUAAGCUGCAAACAAGCAACAUGUCUGCAGUGUUCCAAGCCCUUGUGCAAAAAUUGUCAAUAAUUUAACGCCUAUUGGACCACUGUCAGAAUUUUUUCAUUUUAUUUUUAGAAGUUGAUUUUUAGUUUUUUAUUUUUGUUAUACCUUAUAUUUAAAGAUAUUUCAGUUGAGUUUUCAAAAUAAUUUAAAGUUACAUUUUAUUAAUCCUAAAAGUAAGUUAAGAUAAAUAUAGGACUAAAAGUGCCAUAAAAUGUUAAAUUUGUUAAUUUGUAUAAGAAAAUAAAAAAAGUUGAUUAAAUAAAUAUACAGUCUUUAAGUCUGAUAACCAUAGAUAAUAUUUAAGAAAAAUAACAUUUAAAAAAAUAAUAAUUAUGUUAUUAAUUUGGCCUUGAAAUAUAGCGGUCCGUGAGACCGCACGUCCAUGGAAGUGUCCAAAAAAAAGGACGUCCACAGUUAAAGGUUAAUGUUGAUUUUCAAAUUAUCUUAUUUUUCGCACAAGGACUACGACUAAGUGAUUGAGGUUUUCAUUUGAGUACUUCUUUAUACUCAUCGUGUCGUAUAUAAUAAAAAUCCCGAAAAUAUGUAGUUGAUGAAUUCGUGUUGAGUAUAUAAUAGAUAUUCAAUAACAUUUUUG